CAGUAUGGCGUUGGACAAACCGGGGGAACGCACGUCUAUCACGCACCAGAGACUGGCAACCACCAAUCACUCAGCCUAACGUGCUACAGACUACUUUCGCAUCGUAAAAGUAUGGACGACGCACCGAAAUCGGCUGAUUUGCUGUCCUUAGGAUGGGUCGACACCGUGAUAAUAGUUGUACUCGCGGUCGGAGCCUACUGGUGGUUUUUCUUGCGCAAAAAAGAUGAUUCGGGCUUCGACGCUAACGCCAUCAAGAGCUUCUCGAUUGAGGGCUCAAUGAAUCGCGAGCGGAGUUCCGGAGGUUUCAUCGCGAAGAUGAAGAGCCAGGGACGAAAUGUCGUAGUCUUCUACGGCUCGCAGACAGGGACUGCCGAGGAAUUCGCGGCCCGUCUGGCCAAAGAGGCCGCGCGCUACGGUCUUAAAGCCAUGGUAGCCGAUCCCGAAGAAUGCGAAAUGGAAGAACUGACGGAGCUUGCCUCGAUCGAAAACCAUCUCGCUGUUUUCUGCAUGGCCACAUACGGUGAAGGCGAUCCCACCGACAACUGUCAAGAGUUCUAUCAGUGGCUUCAAGAUGGUUCGGUAAAUCUGCCUGGACUCAACUAUGCUGUCUUCGCCUUGGGCAAUAAAACAUACGAGCACUACAACGCGAUGGGAAGAUACGUUGACACACGUCUCAAGGAACUCGGAGCGAGACAAGUUUUCCCACUCGGAGAAGGCGAUGACGAUGCGAACAUUGAAGAAGACUUCAUCACGUGGAAAGACAAUUUCUGGGCUUCCGUCUGCGAGACAUUCAGUUUGGAAGUUUCCGCUACGGACUGCAACAUGCGCCAGUAUCAACUCAUCGUUCACGAGAAAGAUUCACUUCCCGAGGAGAAAAUCUUCAAAGGCGAAAUCGCGCGCCUCACUCAAUUCACAAACCAGAGACCACCGUUCGAUCUGAAGAAUCCAUACCUCGCCGAAAUGGUGGAGAAGCGCGAACUCUACAAGGGCGAGAGGUCCUGCCUUCACCUCGAGUUCAAUAUCAGAAACUCGAAGAUGCGUUACGAAACCGGAGAUCACAUGGCUCUGUAUCCAUCGAACGAGUCGGAGAUGGUCGAGAAACUCGGCAGCCUGCUCGGUGCGGAUCUCGAUCAGGUCAUCACGCUGAAGAACACCGACGAAGACAGCUCAAAGAAACAUCCUUUCCCGUGCCCGACUUCUUACAGAACAGCGUUGACGAGCUAUGUCGACAUCUGCACGCCGCCCAGAACUCACAUCCUCAAGGAGCUCUCCGAAUUUUGUAGCGACGAUGCUGACAAAGCUAAGCUUAAGCUGAUGUCCUCGUCAAGUCCUGAAGGCAAGGCUGAAUACAAAAAAUGGGUCCAGGACGACUGCCGCUCGAUUGUCCACAUUUUAGAGGAUCUCCCAUCUUGCAAACCACCACUCGACCUCAUGCUGGAGUUCAUGCCCAGACUCCAACCUCGCUACUACUCCAUUUCGUCCUCCUCCAAAGUGCACGUAGACCGCGUGCAUGUCACCGCUGUCACGGUUGACUACGAUACCCCGACGGGUCGCCACAUAAGAGGUGUCGCCACGGGACAGUUCACCAGAACACCGAUUGGGACCUCUCUACCCGUUUUUGUGCGGAGGUCCCAAUUCAAACUACCCACUCGACCCACGAUUCCAAUCAUCAUGGUGGGCCCGGGCACCGGCCUAGCGCCAUUCCGCGGAUUCCUUCAAGAACGCCACCACCAACGCUUAGUGGAGAAUAAAGCCGUCGGGGAGAGUCAUCUUUUCUACGGAUGCCGGAAGAGCUCCGAAGACUUCCUCUACCGAGAGGAGCUCGAGGGCUACGUGGCUGAGGGCACAUGUAAACUUUACACUGCGUUCAGUCGAGAGCAGGCCGAAAAGGUCUACGUCACCCACCUCCUCAAAGAACAGAUGGAUCUGGUCUGGAGCAUCAUUGGCGAGCAAAACGGCCAUUUCUACGUGUGCGGAGACGCCAGAACGAUGGCUCGAGACGUCCACAGCAUCGUGAUGAGCACGUUGCAGGAGAAGGGCAACAUGACCCUGGCGGACGCGGAGAGGUACUUGAAGAAAAUGGAGUCUCAGAGGAGAUACUGCACCGACGUCUGGAGCUAGGUGCGAUGUAAAUCUGUUACUGAGUCGUGCGUGAGAUCGAUUCCGCACAACCGUUGCGCACGGGGACGAAUGUUCAGAGGGAGUGUAAUGAAAUGCCGCUUGGACCGUACGAACAAAGAUGGACAAAGGAGAUGAUCGAUGCCGGUCGAUCAGCCAUCCUGCCUACGACCUACUUAUCCACCAACCAACCAACCUACUCCAUACCGUCCAUCCAUAGGAUUCUGACGACGCUAAACGGAUUAAUGCAAUUCCCAUCGUUUUUCGAUAACGCUGAUGGGCGCAAUGUGUGAAGUAUGGAUAGUCCGAUAAUUAUUCCCACUAGCCUGAUAAAGCUCAUCAAGCUCAACAGCAAGUUUGUUUCUAGCGUUUGAGGUGUGUAGACAAAUGUUUUAUCUAUUUUCUUUAGAGAGAGGAGACCCAUUAUCUUCAUUGCAUCAUCGAGCAUUCCACGGAGGCCCUCGUGUUCUGACACAAGCUGCGAAAGAACUCGACGGAGCAAUAGACGAAUAUGUAGAAGAGAAGAUCUUCGAGCCGGACGCGAACAAAAAUGAUGUUUCGCCCCCCCGGCCUUGCGAUAGGGAAAGCUGAUAAGCUUGUUGAAAAAGUGAUCUAUAAUAUCGUGGUUCCAAAAAUAGGUUCUCGUCACGACUCUCGUCUCAAGUUUUCCAUUGAGACUUGAAUACUAGAUUCCGAACAAAUUCCUGAUGUCCUUUUAUCGGGACGGUGACGACAUCGUCUCUCGUCCACGGGACACUCGGCAUCCGACAUCGGGAGCGAUUUUCCAAUAAAAUCAUAUAUGUUUCU